CGUUUACUUUCUUCCUUUCUGCUAACCGUAGCAGCUGACAACUCAACACUGUUGCAAACUCUUUCCUCUUUUCUCACUGAAAAUCAACCCUUUCCAUUCAUUCCUUCAAUUUUCUCACACUUUUUCUCGCACUUUCUCCAACACUUUCUCUUUAUCCCUAACCUCCUUCAUAUGGCUUCAGAAUCAACCGAAGAAGACAAAACCUGGGAGCAUAUCCUCCGCCGCAUGCUUCCCGCCGGAGCACCGUUACCAGAUGAAGAUCACCUCGACUACUCCAUCGCCGUCGAAUACGAAGGUCCGCCGGUUCCCUACGACGUUCCUAGAGUCGAUCCGCUUGAAAUCGGCUCCACCGCAGCUCCGAUUCGCACUGCUUCAAUAGUCUCCGAUCACUCCAAUUCUUCGAUUCCCGUCGCCAUGCCGGUUUAUCCACGUUUCUCUCGGUUCACUGGAGUUCGUAACGGCGGUUUCAACCGCGAACAACGAAGUCCGGUCGAGAGUCAAAGGUCAUCUUCCGUUUCACGGACUCAAUCUCAGUUCGAUUCGCAAGCUGAUUUCUCCGGUGAAGUAGCCGCCGUUGAUGACGGUAGCUCCGUUUCUUCGCCACCGGUUCAAAAUUCCGCUCAGGUCCUGUCUCCGGCCACUGAAAACAAGCGACCGACGACAGUCACUUUUAACACACCUAGGGAUUCCGAUACCGACGGCGGCGAUAGUUAUCUAUCACCGCGGUCAGUUGCAACCGAGCCGGUUGGUUCACCUGUUUCCCCUGUGCGGAGAUUCUUCUCGCAGGUGAAACGAGGUGUUUGUAUUAGGUGUGGGAAUAAGAACAGGUUGAAAGAGAAAGAAGCUUGUUUAGUUUGUGAUGCAAGGUAUUGUUGUAACUGUGUUUUGAAGGCUAUGGGUUCAAUGCCUGAAGGAAGAAAAUGUGUGAGUUGUAUUGGACAACCAAUAGAUGAGAGUAAAAGAGCUAGUUUAGGGAAGAGUUCAAGAAUGUUGAGUAAAGUUUGUAGUCCUUUGGAGAUUAAUCAGAUUAUGAAAGCUGAAAAAGAGUGUGCCGCGAAUCAGCUUCGGCCGGAGCAGCUCGUUGUUAAUGGCAGACAGUUGAGACAGGAAGAGUUGGCUGAGAUUUUGGGUUGUCCUAUUCCUCCUCAAAAGUUGAAGCCUGGGAGGUAUUGGUAUGAUAAGGAUUCUGGACUCUGGGGCAAGGAGGGAGAGAAGCCUGAUAAGAUAAUAACUUCAAAGCUUAAUAUUGGAGGGAAGCUUCAACCGGAAGCAAGCAAUGGGAAUACUAGAGUCUACAUGAAUGGCCGUGAAAUAACAAAGAUUGAACUUAGAAUGUUGAAGCUAGCAAACGUUCAAUGCCCACGAGAUACCCAUUUCUGGGUUUAUGAUGAUGGAUCUUAUGAGGAAGAAGGCCAAAAUAAUAUUAAGGGGAACAUAUGGGGAAAGGCGUCCACUCGUUUCAUCUGUUCAUUAUUCUCUUUGCCCGUACCAUCUACUAAUCAUCCCGGGGUCAAAGAUAAUCUAACUAACUAUUCAACAAGGUCAGUGCCUGAGUAUUUGGAGCAUGGUAGAGUUCAGAAACUUUUGUUGUUUGGCAUGGAAGGAUCUGGAACAGCUACUCUCUUUAAACAGGCCAAGUUUUUAUAUGGGAACAAGUUUUCUGCAGAAGAGCUGCAAAACAUCAAACUCAUGAUUCAGAGCAGUAUGUACAAGUAUCUCAGCAUUCUGCUUGAAGGAAGAGAGCAGUUUGAAGAGGAAGCUCUGGAAGAGAAAGAUUCUACUUCGCUAGAAGGUGAAGAAACUGGACAUGCAGAAACAGCAGCUGAUGAAAACAAAAUUAGCAUUUACUCGAUCAAUCAAAGGUUCAAGCAUUUUUCUGACUGGUUGCUGGAUAUUAUGGCUACGGGGGAUUUAGAGGCUUUCUUCCCUGCUGCUACACGUGAGUAUGCUCCUAUGGUGGAUGAGAUAUGGAGAGAUCCUGCUGUUCAGGAAACAUAUAAGAGAAGAGAGGAAUUGCAUAAUCUUCCUGAUGUUGCUAAAUAUUUCUUAGAUCGGGCAAUAGAAAUAUCAAGCAAUGAGUAUGAACCUUCCGACAAGGAUAUAUUAUAUGCUGAAGGAGUCACGCAUAGCAAUGGUCUUGCCUUCAUGGAAUUUUCAUUUGAUGAUAGGAGUCCUAUGUCUGAGAUUUACAGCGAAAACUUAAAUUGCCCACCUCCCCAAACCAAAUAUCAACUGAUUCGUAUAAAUUCGAAGGGACUACGUGAUGGCUGUAAAUGGUUGGAAAUGUUUGAAGAUGUGAGGGUAGUCAUUUUCUGUGUUGCCCUGAGUGACUACGACCAGAUGUGGCCUACUAGUACCGGUAAUCUUCAGAACAAAUUGCUAGCAAGCCGAGAUCUUUUCGAGAGCCUUGUGAAGCAUCCUUGUUUUAAAGAUACCCCUUUUGUGCUUCUGCUAAAUAAGUAUGACGCCUUUGAAGACAAGAUAAACAAAGCUCCUCUGUCAACUUGUGACUGGUUUUCGGACUUCUGUCCUGUGAGGCCCCAUCACAACAGUCAUGCAUUAGCACACCAAGCAUAUUACUAUAUAGCUGUGAGAUUCAAGGAGCUUUAUUUUUCCUUAACUGGCCAGAAGCUGUUUGUGGGGAAAACUCGAGGUCGGGAUCGUGUAUCAGUUGAUGAGGCAUUCAAAUACAUUAGGGAAAUCAUCAAAUGGGAGGAUGAGAAGGAUGAACUAUAUGAAAUCAAUCCAGAAGAGUCAUUUUACAGUACAGAGAUGAGUUCUGCUUUCAUCAGACAGGAAUGAAUUCCCCAACAUUUGACUAAAGACAGGAUACUAAAUGACAAGCAAGGUGUCUCGCCGCUCUUAAGAAUUUGUUGGAGCAUUGGAUAUAUGAAGGACUGAAGGGUCAUUUGGCUGACCUAUGUGGAGUAUAUUGUUUUGUUUUCAUAGGAUCUUCCUGAUCAGGUUCGUCAUGAUUUUUUUUUCCUGUGAUAAAUAAUCUAAUUUGGUUGAGAGGUUGUAAAUUCAGAGGUGAUUUGUUGUCUGUACAGCUUAUAUUGAUAAGUGAGCAGCUUAAAUUGUUAAAAAAAAUUAUUUUUGCAUUAACCUGCUAUUAUUAUUUGAGACAAAAUACUACUUUUGUCUCUAAGUAUAGGUUCCAUCUGAGAAAUUUGUUGCGUCUCCUUUUAUAAGAUUCCACAUUUUGAAUUGUAUUAUCAGUUUUUCUUACCAAAAUAUCUCUAAUUAUUA